AUCUGAAAUGGGAAAUAAUGACCCAGACACAGCUUGACCGUUUUAUCUCCCAGGAUGCUAACCCGUCUUAGCCUGCAUUUUUUUUUUUUCUGUGUAAUUAAGUCCGUUCUUGAACUCACUAUUUACCUCAAGUUGGUCUUGAGCUCUCUGUGACCCUUGUGCUUCACAUUAAUGCACCACCAUGCCUGGCUACUCUAGGGUUUUUUUUGUUUUUUUUACUGGACUCAGUGGGAUCUUACCCUUCCAGGUGGGGUCACCAGACUGCUAAGGCAGUUCGAGUUAAUUCAUCUUGGAGCGUCAGGAGUCCAGACAACACCAAGACACAAGAGAAGAGAGGGUGGCCCUGCUUUUUUGAGAGGGUCAUGUAUUCAUUUUGAGGGAUGAAAAUGAGUAAGCUGAGAAGCUGAAAAUCUUGGGAAUUGCACUGACGGCUCAUUCCCAACAGCAGGCCUUCCCUCUAUUCCAUUUUGUCCUGGUCAGGCCUGGACUCAUGAUAUUUUAUCACAUUAGGGAUUGAUUCUUCUAUAGACACUGACCCUGGAAUAUUCUAAGCACGUUUGUGAUUCACUUUCAGCAGGAGACCACUGAGUCCAUUAAGGAAACCACGGAAGCGUUGAAAAGCCAGGAGUAAAGUCCUUAAAUGCAAGUAUAUCUCAGAUGAGGUGAGACUGAAAUCAUGGAAGAGAGAUUGGUCCAGAAGUUCCUGAGUUAUAAUUUCUCAUUUCAGCUCCACCACUGCUGGAAGAGCUUUCUUUCUCUACACAGUAGAGCAGGAGCCAAUCAGAGAUGAGGGCGCGGCUGUCUGAACUGCCCAAUCAGGUGGGCUGAGGGAGGAGGACUCUUCCCGUAUCUAGGUGCAGAAGCUCAUACCCUGAAGGCAUUGCUGAGAGCGCCCAGCAGACUACACCACCCCUUCCCGUAACUUCUAUUAGCUGGAACCUGCAUGGGAAGGAUCGGGGGAGACCCUCAAGCCGCACAAUGGAAAUGUGUGAUUAUUUAGGACUCAGUGACCUUUGAGGAUGUAGCUGUGAACUUCACCAUAGAAGAGUGGGCUUUGCUGAAUCCAUUCCAAAAGAAGCUUUACAGAGAUGUGAUGUGGGAAACAUUUAUGAAUAUGACUGUUAUAGGAAGAACCUGGGAUAACCAGCAAAUUGAACGAACAUACAAAAAUUGCUCAAGGAAUCUAAGAAAUGAAGAAGUAGAAAAAUAUUAUCAGUGUAAAGCUUGGAAACAACAGGAAGAGUUAUUCCUCUGGACUCCAGAUACUAAUGUGGACAUGCAGCAAGCUGCUGUAAAGCCAACUGAAACCCGUGCUUGUGAAAAGCCCCUGAUUGGGCAGGUGACCCUAAAUGUGCCCAUCAUAGCUCACACUGGGCUGAAGCCACAUGAGUAUUUGGGAUCUGAGGAGAAGCUGAAUAAAUGUAAUGAUUUCCAGUCCUUUCAGAAGUGUGCAAGGACAGAGAGUGGAGAGAAACCCUAUCAAUAUGAGCAGUGUGCAAAAGCUUACUCUGAUCUUAGUGAAAGACCUCAACCUGGAGAGGAAACCUCUGUAGGUAGGAAAGGUGUGAAAGCCUCCAGCACACCCAGUGGUGUUCAAAUCCGUGAAGGAAAGCACAGUGGGGAGAAUCCAUAUGUAUGCAAACCUUGUGGGAAAACUUUUAUUUCUUCAUACUAUACUGAGAGACAUGAAAGAAAACAUGCUGGAGAGAAGGGCUGUAUAUCUCAGGGACGUGUGAAAGCGCUAGCUCAUUGUAAUUCCUUUCAAAGACUUAAAAAUGUUCACACUGAGGUAAAGCCCCAUGUAUGUAAGCAGUCUGGGAAAGCAUUCACUGCACAUGGUUACUGUAAAACUGAUGAAAGAAGUCACACUGGUGAGAAACCGUAUGUAUGUAAGCAAUGUGGAAAAACAUUCACUACACAGAGAGUUUAUAAAACACAUGAACGUAAUCAUCUAAAUGAGAAAUGCUAUGUGUGUAAGCAGUGUGGAAAAGAAUUCAUUCAUAAGUCCACAUAUCAUAGACAUACAAGAUCACACACAGGUGAGAAACCCUAUGUAUGUAAGCAUUGUGGGAAAGCAUUCCACACAUAUAGUCACUGUCAAAGACAUGAAAGAAUUCACACUGGGGAGAGACCCUAUAUAUGUAAACAAUGUGGGAAAGCAUUCAUUACAUACAAUCAUUUUCAAAUACAUGAAAGAACUCACACUGGGGAGAAACCCUAUGUAUGUAAGCAGUGUGGGAAAUCUUUCAGCCAACGGACUAAUUGUCAUAUACAUGAAAGAAUUCACACAGGGGAGAAACCAUAUGUAUGUCAGCAAUGUGGAAAAGGAUUUGCUGUCAAGUCCACAUUUCAUAGACAUGGAAGGUCCCAUACUGGUGAGAAGCCUUAUGUAUGUAAGCAGUGUGGGAAAGCUUUCAACACACUCAGUCAGUGUCGAAUACAUGAAAGUAUUCACACUGGAGAGAAACCCUAUGUAUGUAAGCAAUGUGGGAAAGCUUUCAGCACACUCAGUCACUGCCAAAGACAUGAGAGUAUUCACACUGGGGAGAAACCCUACAUGUGUCAGCAAUGUGGGAAAGCUUUCAGCACACUCAGUCACUGUCGAAGACAUGAAGGUAUUCACACCAGAGAGAAACCCUAUGUAUGUAAACAGUGUGGGAAAGCAUACACUACACAAAAAUAUUUUGAAAAACACGAAACAAGUCAUACUGAGGAGAAACUUUAUGUGUAUCAGUAAUGUGAGAAAUCUUCAACCAACAGAGUACUGGUCAAAUGUGAAGAAAUUCACACUGGGAAGAAGCUGUGUAAGUAAGCAAUGUGGGAAAGCUUUCUGUAUACAGAAGUGCCAUCAAACAUGAAAGACAGCACACUGGGGCAGGCCAUAUCUAGGCAGUGUAGGAAAAGAUUAAGCCCUUCAUUUUUUAGAUGUAAUAGGACUCACUGGCGAGUAACUAUGUAUAUAAGGAACGUGUGAAAAAAAAUUCAGCUGAUACAGUGUCAAAUACAUGAAUGAGGUCACACUGAGGAGAAAGCCUAUGUAGGCAAUGUGGGAAACCAUUCAGCAUACAUGGGUAUUGUUAAGUGCAUGAAAGAAGUUUGGGAAGAAAGCCUCUGUAUGUGAACCUAUUUUUAAAAUCCUGUGAAAAUUACUCAUGUAGUGGAGACCUGUAGUAAUAUGAAAAUUUUGAUGUCCGUGUUUCUUCAUUAAUUUUCUAGAAAAUACAUUCCCAAAUGGAGAUAUCCUAAAGUGUAUUCAUUCUGUAUUUUUUAGUAAA